GACCCAACCAGUCUUGAUCGGAACACUAAGACCCUUUUUUUUAGCUAUUCCUCUUGGAGGAUACUUUGCUUUCACUUGGAAUCUGUAACGAUGAAGCUCAUCGCACUCUUCUGCCUUACCGUUGCGGUCGUUCUCGCCGCCUCCGAAGACGAAAAAAAGGAGCCAGAACGGCCCAAAACCUUCAGAAGACUUAUACCGGCUGAUGUUCUUCGUGAUUUCCCUGGCAUGUGCUUCGCUUCAACCAGAUGCGCUACCAUUGAACCAAACAAAACUUGGGAGCUUUCACCGUUCUGUGGUAGAUCCACUUGCAUAGCCGCUGAUGACAAUUCUGGUCGCCUUUUCGAACUGGUAGAGGAUUGUGGACCUUUACCAAAGGCCAAUCCAAAAUGCAAACUUUCCGAUAAAACCAACAAAACGGCCAGCUUCCCAGACUGCUGUCCGAUUUUCGAAUGCGAGGAGGGCGCUAAACUGGAGUACCCUGAGAUUCCAACUUUGCCACCACCGACGGAAAUCUUUGAAAUUGAAAAAAUAACGGAAACGUCAACGGCGAAAGCUUAAUGCAUUGCGCUUCCUAUUUUUGUCCCUUUUUUUUCCUCUUCUCGAUUAUCUUAUUCGAAAGCGAAUAACACUUUUAAGCUCUCUCAAUCACGCCCGAUUUCUAAUUAGUAUCGCAUCAUAUCCUGAUCAUGGCGAAAUAGAUCGUAAUAGUGCCGUGAAUAAUUGGCCCCUGGCAACUGGUUAACAACUUGAAUCAUUAAUUUUACUUGCAAAUGUAUACGAAAUGUUACUUUCACUUCGAUUCCGGGUUAUAAAACUAUCGAUCAAAACUCGGUGCAUCCGAGGAACCUUUAGACACUUUCGUCUAAAUAUCAGAGGACAGCAAGAUCGUUAAAAUUUUUCUUGAUACAUGCUCAAUGAUUAUCUGCGCUACGCUUUUGCUGGUUCGUCAUGGUUUAAACAUAAUGGUUCGCACUUAAUGCUCCUUGAACGAGAAUUUCGCCAAGCUUGCAUUUGUCGAUCCUAAUUUCCUUAGCAACAUAUGCGUUUUCACGAUUGCAACUUUCUCACGUUAUUUCUGCACAUCACGAUUGCGAAAUCAAAAUACGAUCUUUUCGCAUUAUUAUCGUCCUUAUGUUUAUGACGUGCACUUCUCCUAAUAUAAUUAAUGCGAUCCCGCUAAUUUUCGUACUUUAUGCCAGUGAUAUUGUAUAAACGAACUUGCAUAUGCAUUGUAAAUGUGUGUGAUCCUAAGUAUACUAUAAAAUAAUAAAUUAAUAUCUAUUUAAAAAAACGAAA